AUGUCUUUAUUCGUUUUGCAAAUGACUACAGGAAUACGUCCAUUUUAUGGACAAGUGGAAAUCUACCUUCGUUUUAAUGGAGUUUAUCUCACGGCCAAAGAUCUACUAGAUAUUAAUUUUAGUAUUAUAGAAAAAACAUUAAAAAUCAAAGAUUUUUAA